AUGGCUGACCAAGAAUUGAUUGCUUUCCAACAAGAAGUUGACCAAGUGAAUAAAUGGUGGACUUCUCCACGUUUCCGUAAUGUCAAGCGUGUUUAUACUGCUGAACAAGUUGUUUCUAAGCGUGGUGAAUUCCCUACUGAAUAUCGUUCUGAUGUCAUGGCCAAGAAACUCUGGAAGCUUCUUGAAAAGAAUAAGGCUACUGGUGAAACUAGUCAUACUUUCGGUGCCUUGGAUCCCGUUCAAGUAACUCAAAUGGCCAAUGCUGGUAUCGAAACUGUCUAUGUCUCUGGUUGGCAAUCAUCUUCUACUGCUUCCACUUCUAACGAACCUGGACCUGAUCUUGCUGAUUACCCUAUGGAUACUGUUCCUAACAAGGUUGAUCAUCUUUUCAAGGCUCAACUUUUCCAUGAUCGUAAGCAACGUCAAGCUCGUUUGUCCAUGACUCCUGAAGAACGUGCCAAGACCCCCAAGAUUGAUUAUCUUCGUCCCAUUGUUGCCGAUGCUGACACUGGCCAUGGUGGUAUUACUGCUGUUAUGAAGUUGACCAAGAUGUUUGUUGAACGUGGUGCUGCUGGUAUUCACGUUGAAGAUCAAUGCCCUGGUACCAAAAAGUGUGGUCAUAUGGCUGGUAAGGUGUUGGUCCCUAUUGCUGAACACAUUAACCGUUUGAUCGCUAUCCGUUUACAAUAUGAUAUUAUGGGUGUGGAAAAUAUUGUGGUUGCCCGUUCCGAUGCCGAAGCCGCUACUUUGAUCAGCAGUAACAUUGAUAUCCGUGAUCACGAAUUCUUGGUUGGUGCUACUACUCAACUCCCUCCUUUGGCUGAAUUGAUGACUCAAGCUGAACAACAAGGCAAAUCUGGUGCUGCUCUUCAAGCUAUUGAAGAUGAAUGGGUUGCUAAGGCUGGUUUGAAACGUUAUGGUACUGCUGUCGCUGAUGAACUCAAGAAGGCCGGUAAGGCUCAAGCUGCUGAAGAAUUCUUAUCCAAGAUUCACUUCAAGUCCAACACUGAAGCUCGUGCUAUUGCCAAAUCCUAUGGUGUUGAUAUCUUCUGGGAUUGUGAAUCUCCUCGUGUACGUGAAGGUUUCUACCGUUAUGAAGGUGGUACUGAAGCUGCUACUGCCCGUGCUAUUGCUUUCGCUCCUUAUGCUGAUAUGUUAUGGAUGGAAACCAAGAAGCCUAUUCUCUCUCAAGCUGAACAAUUCUCUAAGGGUGUUUUGGCCGCCUACCCUGAAGCCAAGUUGUGUUACAACUUGUCUCCUUCCUUCAACUGGGAUGCUGCUGGUAUGACUGAUCAAGAUAUGGAAGCUUAUGUCUGGCAAUUGGGUAAACUUGGUUUCGUCUGGCAAUUCAUCACUUUGGGUGGUCUUCAUGCCAACGCUCUCACUACCGCCAUCUUUGCUCGUAGCUUCAAGGAACGUGGUAUGUACGGUUAUGUCAACAAUGUGCAACGCCAGGAACGUGAACAUGAUGUCGAUGUCCUCCAACAUCAAAAAUGGUCUGGUGCUAACUAUGUUGAUGAAUUAAUCAAGGUUGUUACUGGUGGUGUUGCUGCUACUGCUGCUAUGGGCAAGGGUGUUACCGAAGAUCAAUUUACCAAGAAGGAUUAG